CCUGUGCGUUAUUUAGCUACAUGGAAGGACUCCUAACAAAAGACAUCCUGUCAUGAUGAGAACACAGUAGUCUCUGACACUUUUAAAUGGGACUGUCUUUGGCUCUGAACUGGACUGAGAGAUAGAGACCCAAUCACAGCAGACGCAAUGGUUAAGGGGAAGAAGAAAUCAAAUGAACCGUCAGGUAAAAAAAUCACUCUCAAAAUGGCCAAAAAUGCACUGAAGGUAACCAUGGAUGGAAAACGUCGUCUUGACCUCAGCAACAUGGAGAUUGCCACCUUUCCAAAGUGUAUCCUGAAACUUUGCGACGUGGAUGAACUGGAUCUUAGUCGCAACCAGCUCAAGAAGAUCCCAGAAACCAUUGACCAGUUUGUGAAACUUCGCUGGCUGGACCUGCACAGCAAUCACCUUGAGCAGAUACCUGCUUCUAUAGGCCGUUUGCAUAAUCUCUACAGUCUCAAUCUGUGCAACAACCAUCUGACCACCCCUGGCCUACCCCACGAGCUGGGGCUUCUGAGGAACCUACGCAUCCUCAACCUGGGAAUGAACCGCAUAGAGACCCUAUCUCCCUCCAUGGCUGCUCUCGAAGAACUUCAAGAACUGGGACUCUUCAACAACCUCCUAACACAUUUGCCAAAGUUCCUCCAAAACCUUUCAAAGUUGCAAAAGGUGAACAUCAGAUCCAACCCCAUUCCUACAGAUGACCUAGAAGUGGACCACAUCCAGAGAGUCGAGUGUCUUUAUCUAGUGAGAGAAGAGUGUCUGUGUGCUGACUGCUUAAAAAUGUCUAAGAAGGAAACAGAGAGGUUAGAGUGUUUAAUAAGCAGCUUCAAUAAGUCCAUCUUUGCAGGUCUCCUUACGCCAAAUUCUGUAAUACAAGACAUCCAGCCAGUGUGGAGGUGAAUGACGGACAUCAAAGUGCUUUUCCAUUGAACACUGCAAUACUAUUACCAUCAGAACUGAUUGUCAUAUUGAA